AUGACUGUAACGUACUCUCGCAGGGUUGCUGAUGCAGGUCUGGGGACCUUCUUUCACCUGCUUCUGCGUUGGAAGGGCAGCAUUUAUAAACUGCUCUAUAGAGAGCUCAUCAUCUUCACUCUUCUCUACUACUUCUUCAGCAUUGUUUAUAGGUUUGUGUUUAACGAUGACCAGAAGAGGCUGUUUGAGAAGCUGUCGAUAUACUGUGACCGCUAUGCAGAGCUCAUCCCGGUGUCUUUUGUGCUGGGUUUCUAUGUCACCUUGGUUGUGUCCCGUUGGUGGGGCCAGUUUGAGAACGUCCCCUGGCCGGACCGCUUGGCAGCAUUAGUGGGUGGUCAUGUUCGGGGAACUGACGAGGCCUCCAGGCUGACCCGACGAACUCUGAUGCGAUACGCCAACCUCUCUGGUGUGCUCAUCUACCGCUCCGUCAGCACGGCCGUCUACAAGAGGUUUCCCACCAUGGAGCAUGUGGUGCGGGCAGGUUUGAUGACGUCCGAUGAGCUGAGGCACCUGGAGGACUUGCGCUCUCCUCACAACAAGUUCUGGGUUCCCUGCAUGUGGUUCGUCAGCCUGGCUCUGAGGGCUCGGACUGAGGGUCGCAUCAACAACGACGUGGCUCUCACAGCCAUUCUCACUGUGGCCACAGUGGCGGUCUACAGCUUCUUCCUGGCUUGUCUGAUCGGUCGUCAGUUCUUGGAUCCAGCUCAAGGUUACUCCGGUCACGAUCUGGACUUCUACCUGCCUGUUUUCACCCUGCUGCAGUUCUUCUUCUAUGUCGGUUGGCUGAAGGUGGCUGAGCAACUCAUAAAUCCUUUUGGAGAAGACGACGACGACUUUGAAACCAACUGGCUCGUCGAUCGCAAUUUACAGGUGUCCUUGUUGUCGGUGGAUGAGAUGUACGACAGCCUGCCGCUGGUGGAGAGGGAUAUGUACUGGAAUGAGUGUGAACCUCAGCCUCCCUACACUGCUGCCAGCGCUGAACAUCGCAAACCCUCCUUCAUGGGCUCAGCCCUGGAUAUCAGUGUUCCCAAGGAGGAGAUGGAGUUUCAGUCCAAUCUGGAGCAAAUUAAAGAACACGAGGAAGCCAACUACUCCACCCCGCUGCUCGGGGGGCUGGGUCGUCUCCUCGGUGUCCAGUCCCCUAACUUUCCUCGCUCCUCCCGCGUCUCUCUGCUGCGCCGCCGCCCUGGAGCUCCACUGAGCCGCUUCCCUCUUUACCUGCACCCAGAGGCUUCAUUAACUCCACCUCAAAGCCGCCAGCCUCUCAACCACGAGCGAGAUCCAGACUAUGCCUUCUCCACCAUGCCCCUGUAUGAGAGACCGGGUUUCUACAGCUGCCCACAAACACCCAUCCACUGUGUGCCCCCCGCGGUGCCUCGCCCUCGACCUGCCCGGCGACCUCAGAACGAGUGGAACCGCAGCUGCAGCUCCCUGGCUCCUCAGAUGGCGGGCUCACAGCCGCUGCCCCCCGACACCCCCAACCACGUCCCCCCACCGCCGUCCUCUGCUUUCCCCUGGCUGAGUGAGGAUGGCGAGGUCCAGAGUGCCCCUAUGUUCUCGUUCCCAGACCCUCCGCCUGAACUCUGCCCAAUAUCUAAACUCAGACCUGAACAUGGCCUGCUGUCUCGCCGCCCCCCACCACCGCGCCUUACUCUGGACACCCUCCCCUCAGCUGACAGCCAGCCCGGGCCCCCGAGUGCUCUGCCUGCAGGAAGCGGAGGAGAAAGGGUGUUCUCGUUCACUCCUCCUUCCCGAACAGCAGCUACAAAUCCCCAUAAUCCCAACAGCAGCUCUAGCAGCAUUAAUGCAACAAGCACCAACGGCGCGGGCAUGACGGGAAGUCUCUGCAACGGUACAAGUCACACUAAUUUUAGUAGCCAGGGGAAUUUCAGCACCAACAUGAGAUCAAGCAACGGGGGCACCAAUGGUGGGCUGAGCAACAACACGAACACCGUUUCCACUUCGGCGCCAUCGCAGCAAGAAACCAAUCAGCAACACUCACCCAAUGACUCAGGAAUCUCAUUGGCUGAAGGGGACCUGCUGGGCGUUUUGGUGGACGGUGGCGUGAAGAAGGCGGCAGGAGGGAAGGAGCAAGAAUGA